AUGGAGCCAAGGCAGAUCGUCAACACCCCGCAUUCUCCGCUUUUCCCGCCCUUCGAGCUCGUCAUUACGCACGUGGAUUUCACCACCCGACCCGACAGCCGACGAGCCGAACAACUGUCGCAGCUCCAAAAGGACGAAAGGGCGACCGUAUGGCUCGGUAACAGGGAUGGGCUCGUCAAGUACCCCGAAAGGCACCCGGUCACGAUUCGGUUGCGCUUGGUUUGCUCGGGUUACACCACAUCGCCAGUGUCCCAGACGCAAGAUAUCGCAAAGGAUAGAGUCGAGAGCUCGAAGAGGAAACGAACGUACCGAUCAUGCACAGCCUGUAGGGCUUCGAAAACAAAGUGCUCUGGCGAGCGGCCGACCUGCCGAAGAUGCCAUGGGAAAAGCCUUAGCUGCUCCUACUCUGAAUCAUCUCAGCCAGAUUGGAUACGUCGGGUGGAGAUGUCGAAUAAGAACCCAGCCGCCAUCACUCAGCCGGGCCUUGUUUCUGAUCAUUCGUCUAGGGAUAGACUCAGGCUCAUGUCGCGACCGGGUGAGCAGCCCGAUUCGUCUCUGAAUGCCGCGAAUCUUUCAGCAGGUGCUGAACCCGGUGAGGCUCAGACCUCGCCCCUGAGAUGGUAUGAUUGGGAAACAGUAGCCAUAUGCUUCAUGAUACGCUAA